AUGCCCUCAUGUUGCUUCUUUACUCUUGCCUCUUUCACGCGAGACUGGGGCCGGCUGCGAGCCACGUUCGUUCUCGCCUCUCUCUCUCGCUCACUCACUCCAUGGGCGGCCAGAUGGGACCAGCCAUGGUUCGGCAUCGAUGUUCUUAAACGCUGGCCCCUCUUGGCCCGGGUUUGCCAGGUCUCGCAAUUAAGAGCUUGCGAUCGCUGUCACUCCCAGAAGCUCAGCUGCAAGCGAGUCGGAGACGGGGUUUGUGACCGAUGUUUGAGACUCAAUGCCGAGUGCAAGUCGAGCCCGUCACUCCGGUACAAGAAGCAUAUACAGCAAAACGACCAGGCGCAGGAACAGAUGCAGCAAUCGCAACCACAGCAGCAGCAGCAGAAACAGUCGGAGUCGUCUCAGCCGUCACUGCAGCGGUACCAGAGCCGAGAGCAGCUGCAACCGCAACAGCAAAACACGCCACGGCCGGGAUACUUGCAGGGGCAGGGCGCCAUAUGCCAGAAUGUGCUUGAUCCGGAAAUCCAUCAACAUAUUGGGUCGCAGGAUAGUACAGAGCGCCGCUCUCCGAAGCGGAGGAGGACGGGAAGUGAGGUUGAUCAUGUGCCACAUGAAGCGGGAUGGGCGAUAUUGACAGAUGUAUUUGUGAAAGGACUUCCGCUAUUAGCAACUGACGCGACCAUCAACCCCGGCUUGCAGAGCCAUCUAAUGACGGCGCCGGACGGGUCGAUAGGGCUGGCCGAGUAUACAAUGAACUUACGGGAUAUGAGCUACAUGGCCCUGUCCCAGCCCCCGGUGCAGCCUAACCAUUUAUUAGGAUCGCAGAUACCUCUCGGACCCGACAACUACUUUAACCUUCAUCAAGUCAUUCCCAGCCUCUGGACUCAUCAGUCACACGAGGACGCACAGCAGCAGCAGCAGCUACCACACCAUCACCUCUUGCACCACCACCAAGACCACCAAGAACAACAGCAAGUCUUUGGCCAAGUUUCAGUCGUGCCCCUUGUUGUACCAGAUCCUGCCGCCGUCCAGCAAGAUUCGUUCAGCUCCUCGCAGCAGCCGCAACGACCAUAUCUGCACCAGCAGCGCGCCGCGGCCAUCCUCGGCAGCAGGCGACGGCCAGCUGCCCCCGUGCUGAGCCACACUACAUUCUCCGCGUACUCUGCGACAGAGCGCAGGUCUCGGUCAAACAAGGUGCGGAUCAACUACACGGAGUUUGUGGUACCCCAAAUCAUCAGUCUGUCCAAGUCGCACAUGAUGGACCAGUUCUUCCAAAUCUACGCGCGCAUCCGGGUGCUCUCCCAGCAUCUGGAGAGCCUUGAGCAGGGCCAGGACUACAUCAACGGCCCCGGCGGCAAGCCCAACGAGUUUACCGUUGCGGAGUUGUACAAGCAUACGCACCAGUUCGUUGACGUCCUCGAGCGCGUCGUGGCCAUAAGGAGCAGCGCCCCCCGCGGCGACUCCUCCUCGGCCGCCGCCGCGCGCUUCGCAGACUGUCCCAUUGACGCAGGAGACCUUGCCAACGGCAUGUUUACCGUGGCCCUCUACGCGCAGCUCCUGGACGUGAUGCAGCACCUCUUUACGCACGUCCGCGCCGUGCUCGCCAGGGCGGAUCCCAAGAGCGACGAUACCUUUGCCGCUUGGCUGCUGCCCGAGAUGAAUAUCGGCGCGGCCUCGAUUGGCGCGCACCCUGCAUUUCACAUGUCCCUGACGGUGCAGUUGGCCAUGCAGUUCCUGUCGCGGCUUCGCGACGCCACCGUCUUCCUGGGCCUUGCCGGAGCCGCGGCCACCAACGGCAGCGGCCCGGCAUCGGUGCCAGGCGGCGCUGACGGCGCUGACGGCGCCAAUGUGGCUGUGGAAAUGACCACACUUUCGUUUGACAAUCUCAAGAUCAAAGAGGGUGACCUCGGUAAGACGCUAGGGGUGCUGCAGGAUGAGCUCAACGACUUCAUGGACGCAAUGGAUGCGAUUGAUGCCAUGGCGGAGGACGAGAAGAAAUAG